CAGUAAUUUCAAUAUUAUGUCAUCCGUCUUUUUGACGGUUCUUAUCAGCGGUCGAUAAAUAAAGCGAAUUAUAGAAAACAAAAAUAGCCCGAAGUGCUUUAGUGUAUAUAUUUGGGUACAAUGAGCGAUAUUUUAGAAGAUGAUCUCGAGUUUCGGGGCGGUACGCUUCAACUUUCAACCGACAAUUCUGCGGUAGGUGUUGUUGAAAAUCAGCCCAGUGUCACGACAGAUUCUACAAGAAAACAGUCCCAGGGCAAUGUGCAUCCUUCUGUUCUCUCCGGUGCAGAUUCUUUGACAUCAUCUACUAAUUCUUUUGCAGAUGCUAGAACACAGGAACAGCAGAAUGCCUCAGGAUUAUCUCCAACAGAGUCUCAGACGGUAUACCCUCGGUAUGAUGUGCCAUUCAAUAAGGAGAAUAUAAAAGACUUCUUCACAUUCAGAAAAGGUGUUGUAGAAGCAGCCAUACAGGAAUGUAUUACCAUUUUGCUGUUUCCGGAGGAUGGAGAAUACCUAGGGUCCUGGCUUUUGACAGAAAUAACAUUAUGGGACAACGAAAAGGAGAGAAUCGUACUGCUUACUUCACGACUAGUUAUGACUAUCAAAUAUGACUUUAUUGCUAUGAAACAGUUGGAUUUUAAAAAGACUUAUCUUGAUGACUUAGAUACUAUUGUGAUCGGUGAACUGGUUUAUCCUCCAUCUUCAUUGGUACCGGAACGUAACCUGCGUGGAGUCCGUUUGAUGUGGAACAAAGGUGAGCCACUGCCUCUGAAGACUGUUUGGAAUCCGUUUAGUCAGGAUGUACCAUUUCUGACAUUUGCCUCACAUCCUAUUUAUUGGCAUAAAGAUGGUGGAGUAGAGGAGCGCGCCACGUACGACAUGGAAACUUUUGCCCAAAAGCUACAAAGAGCUAUUGAAAUAAUGCCUUCUUCUUCCUGUUGCAUACAUCACUCACCCAUUGUCAUACAAAGCUAUGUUGGACUAACAUCUAUGCUCCAUAAUAAAACCAGUAUGGGAUUCUUCAAGGUCAGGGGAAAGUUUAGUUUCUAAACCAUACAAAAGAUGGCCCUGGGUAAGAAUGUGAUAAUCGAUUCUAAUCGUUGAUUAAAAAAAGUUUGUCGAAUAUUAUGAUGUGAUUUUUGUGACAUUUAGUCGUAGCUUACGUCAGUGUUGUCAAAUUCUAUUGUAAUUGUUAUAUAAAUAAAGAUCAUAAAAAUUAAUAAAAAAAUUUAGAUAGAGUACAUACAUAUUACAUAAAGAAAAAUUUAGCUUUGUGCAAUACAGAUUUGCUUCACAAUACUUACAUGGUAAUUGUUAGUAUUUUAUAUUUUAAAAAUUUGGAGGAAAUUAUAAGAUUGUUAAAAAUGGUUAAGAAUGUUAGAGGUUCUAGAUAUUGAAGUGAUAUGAUAGUAUUAAAAGAUAACGUUGGUAAUUUACGAAUCAUCUGUAUUGAAUAUGAAAGAAUUAAGAAUCGUAUUUUUAGUGAUUAAUCAAUCUCUUUUUUUUUUGUCUAGGUACUAUCUGUAUCCAGUACUUUUAAAAAUUAAUCAAUCUAUGCAUUUUUUAGUAUUCGUAGUACUUAAGCAUUAUCAGUGAAAGCUUUCUUCUGCUAUUCUUAUUCCAUUCAGAAUGAUUUGAUAGAAUUAAAAUAGUUUUGCUAAGUACGCUGAUGGGUUUUUAUGUAAAUGUGUGUGUUAGUCCUCGCAUAGUAUCCUCUGAGUGCAUCGACUAGUUCAACAUAGCUAUGAUGUGACUAUUAGAUCCAAUAUGAUGUAGGAUAGCAAUGAUUUCAAUUUUUCAUAAUAUAUUUCUAAUGUAUAACAAAUAUUACCAAAAUGAUGAUAUUACUUUUGGUUCAAUAUGUGCAAUGACCAUAAUGCUUAAUGUCUUGAUUGUGUUGAUGGUGAAAAAUGAAAAUAGCAUGUAUUUUGUCAUGCACAUUUUCAUAUUAGUUUUUGUUUACCUAUAUGUAAUUUCGUGCUUCUUAUUUUCUAGGUAAACAAAGAUUGUAUGUUAUAAAAAAACACACACACAAACACCUUUUUGUAGAAAAAGAGAAUCAAAUGUAAAUAAAAAUUUAUGGUUUUUGAAGUACAGGUAUGAGCGAUAAGAGGCAUAUUGUGGAGCGCAACACACACUAGUCUUUAAAUGUUUUUAUUAAGAUCGCGUAGGCAUCUAUAAAUCAGACUGCUUCUCUUGGAGAGUCAAAAAUAUCAAACACACCACUUGUAAGCAAACAUAACUUUGAUGGCCAAUUUCCAAUUGCAUUGUUAUCAGUUUUUAUACCUCCUCAAUUUUUCUCUUGUAUCUGGAUGACUGAUGUAUUUCUUCAUCUGUAUAGUCACUCACCCAAAAGGGAACUCUGCUGAGAGGCAACUCAUGUGUUCUCAUUCUUGUUCUGUCUCUUUUGCCAAUCAGUAUCAUUUGCUCAAGGUUUUCGGAUAUUUAAGUGCAAUAUGACUGAAAUACUAUUGAGCUCAGUAUAGGAUGUAAAGGUACUGAGAGUUGUAAUAAAAUGCUCACAUUUGCAUUUUGAGGUGUUCCAAGCUAGGAUUUUCUUAGUAUCUUUUGAUUUCGAAUUUUCUAGAGAUGAAUGCCUAGAAAAUACUGUUUAGAUUGAGUUCAAAUUAUGGAAUAAAAUUAUAUAGUAGGUAGGCAGCGGCUUGGCUCUGCCCCUGGCAUUGCUGAAGUCCAUGGGCGACGGUAACCACUCACCAUCAGGUGGGCCGUAUGCCCGUCUGCCUACAAAGGCAAUAAAAAAAAAAAAAAAGAUAUUGAAAUGAGAAAUGCAUAUUUUUGUGGUUGGUUUAAUUGUUAGCAUAUCCUACCUAUUUCAACUAAAGCAGUGAAACACAUUUUUUAUUUACUUUUGAAAGGAACUGAUAAGUCUCUAAAAUUAGCAUUUCAAAGUAAUCAACGACAAAUUGUUACUAUGUAAAUACAAAAAGCUGUUCAUAAUUAGCUAAUCUAAAAUAACAGAAGUGCAUUUAUUAUACAACCAAAAGGGCAAGCGGAUGUUGUGUUGUGCAAUUGAUAAGUCAAAAAUAUUUAAUUCUAUGUUAUGUUUACUUUAUUUGGUAUUUUUCGGUCCACAGUUUUGAAGACUCCGAUUUUAAAGAAUUAGUUUAUUAACACAUACAUAUUACAUAACAAUUUAAAAUGUUAUCUUCAGCUAUACUGAGGUAUUUACUGUUGUAUGUGUGUUAAAUUGCUUUUUAUUUGAGAGACCGUAACCCGCCCGGUGCUGAAUACUCAACGAAGUUAUUAUUACGUAUUAUUAGUGGAUAAAUUUUAAUUUUGCGAAAAGUUGCAGGUUUUUUUUCUUACACCAGUGCAUUUCUUCAUAUUAAAAGUUGUUCGUGAACAAUGCAAUACUUGUAGGUAAUUAUUUAGAGAUGUUGGUACAUGUUCCACGGUUAAACCGUAUGACCAGUGACUACGAGUACCCUUGGCCUAGGCAGCAGUGUUAGAAAUGCGUGGAAUAUAUAAAACAUGCUAUUGCAUAACUUAAUCAUUUAUGUAUAAGGGAUAGAAUUCUCUUUGGUAGGUAGGACAAGUAAAAAAAGAUUUUCUUUUCCAUUUUAAUAUAAGCCCAAUUUGAAAUAAAUCAUUCUAUGCUAUUGCUGUGCAAUUUUAGUGCACUUAAUAAUAAUACACUACAUAACAUUGAUGAUGUUUGGAGUAGAAUUUAACUAUAAGAAUUGGAGAAUAUAUUAUAUAUUAUAGUUUUUAUUAUUUGAUAAAUCUAUGUAUCAUUGAUCUAUAAUAUUAUAGUUACUAUGAAUGAUGUAGUAAAUUAGCAGAUAUUGUAUUACAAAACAAUAUUUAUUUACUAUGUUAUGUGUUGAUAUUAUAGUUAAAUGGUUAUGUUAAUAGUUUGAUAUACAAUUAUGUAUAUGAGUACAAUAAGAUAAAGUCAGUGAAUAUUUAUUUAGUAUUGAAAAUAAUGAUUAAUAUAACGGCCUAAAAUUUUAUAAAUUUGACAUCAUUGAAGAAUAUUAAUUUAGAUUCCACUAAGUACUUCUUGUUUGUUAAUUGUGCAUUCAAAAGUUUGAAAAUCCGAUUGUUCUCGAUAAUGAAAAUUCAAAAAGGAUAUUUUUUCCAGAAUAAAAAAGUUAACACGUAUUCUCAAUUGGUGACUAAAUAUAAUAGAAUGUGAUUAAUUUUGAUGCAAUGAUGGUGAUAAUAUUAUGUUUUUAUUUUAAAGUGUUCUGAUUCCAAAUUGUAUCAAUGUGUAAUCAUUAACAUCCGAAAGUACCUGCAUUACUAAGAAUAAUGAAAAAUAUGUUCUCAUUGAGAGUACAUUCUCAAAAUUAUCUCUACUUAUUAUAACUAUUAUAAAAGUUUUUAAUUGCAA